GGAGUCUGCGGAGUUCGAGACCAUGCUGCUGUUCUGCCCCGGCUGCGGGAACGGGCUGAUCGUGGAGGAGGGACAACGCUGCCACCGCUUCGCCUGCAACACGUGCCCCUACGUGCACAACAUCACCCGCAAGGUAACAAAUCGGAAGUACCCAAAACUGAAAGAGGUGGAUGAUGUGCUUGGUGGAGCAGCUGCCUGGGAGAAUGUUGACUCUACUGCAGAGCCGUGUCCCAAAUGCGAACAUCCUCGUGCUUACUUCAUGCAGCUUCAGACCCGCUCUGCAGAUGAGCCGAUGACCACCUUCUACAAGUGCUGCAAUGCUCAGUGUGGACACCGCUGGAGGGAUUAGGGCAGGAUGGCCCAGCUGCCUUAGUGUGUGCUUACCUUGUCCCUCGGGGUAGAUGCUUAGCUGGCAGUGUGAAUCCUGUGUCCUGAGGGUCUUUGCUGGUGUGGUGGAAAGAUAAACCUUUUGAGGUGAAAAGCUGGGGGGUCAGGAAAUAUGGCCUAUCUGCCAGGCAGGGUGGAUGAAGUCAUGAAUGUCUGUGAGUUUUUCUGUGUGGGGAGGAGACAGAGAGCAUAAAUAUGCUCUGUUUAAAGUCCUAUUCUUUCAUCUUCCACAUUUAUUGGCAGUUGACAUUCCCUUACUCCCAAUCAGCACUCUUAAAUAUUUGUACUGUUUGCAAAACUUAGUACAUGCCCCUAAAUAUUUAACUGUUACUUGUAAGCUUGUGUAAUUUAUUAUUUAUUUUAAUCAAAAUUCUGAAUAUUUCAUUUAAAUGAAAGUUCUAAUA